AUGGCACCCACGGGAAUGUUUUCCUUUUCUUCUCAAACAGGACCAUCCUCGGAUCACAUCAGUGGUUCGUCGUGGGACACGACAGGAGAAGGUUCACAGAACUUCCAAGAUUUUCUUGAUACUGGAUCUGCCCACCAGGGCGAGGCUGAAACUUUUUCCUUCCAUCUUGAUGGCCACAUCACCCCUCGCGUGCAGGCGCCACAGGCCGUGGCUGCUCCUAUCGGCGGGGAGCCGAUGAGGAGGGGACUUUCGCGAACAUCCACUGGAAGCCACAAGCACAGGAUUACCAAGCCCUCAUCCAAGACCAGGAUGGCUGCUCCGUCAUCACAAAUGUCUUCACGCAUGUCCAACAUGGACAUCACAGGUAACAGCUCUGUCUUUACCCCCGGAACUCAACCCGGCGCCCACUUGAUGGAUGUGAACUCCUGCCUUUUCCUGGACUCUGAUGCGAGCGGCGUCUCGUCCCACAUGCUGUACUCUGGAUCCGGAAUGUCUCUGGACCUUGGUAUGGGUCCUGAUGGAUUGCCCUCUCCGCCAACAGAAGUUUCGCUGCAGCACGUUAUUCCCACCCACAUUCAGCUGGAUCACGAUGCGAGCUUGACCAGCCACUCGCCCUCGGGUUCCUGGGCCACGUUCAGCCCUUCGGAAUCACACAUGUCCGGGCCAUCCUCUGAAGGUAGCCCCGCUCACUGGGCACUUCCCGAACCCCUGGCUUCUCCUCCCCGCAGCGAGAACGGAUCCCCUGCAAUCCAGGCACAGCUCCGAUUGGACGGCCAGUACCAUGGUCAGGAUAUGCUUUCGGACGACAUGUCUGCUACCGUGAUGCCUAUGAGUGACGACUUCGCUCUGCCCCCAUCUUACACUGCCCGUCGGCCUGUCAAUGAGGGCGAAUCUGCUCGUGACCACCCUCUCUACAAGAAUGCGUCACCCGGUCCUGAUGGCCUCUUCCACUGUCCUUGGGAAGGACAGACGAGCUGCAACCACAAGGCCGAGAAACUUAAGUGCAACUACGACAAGUUUGUGGACUCUCAUCUCAAGCCCUACCGGUGCAAGGACACCUCUUGCGAGAACGCCCGUUUCUCUUCGACUGCCUGUCUUCUUCGCCACGAGCGUGAAGCCCACGCGAUGCACGGCCACGGAGACAAGCCCUUCCUUUGCUCGUACGACGGAUGCGAUCGUGCUCUUCCUGGUAACGGAUUCCCCCGCCAGUGGAACCUCCGGGAUCACAUGCGCCGUGUACAUAAUGAUAGCAGGAUUCCGGGGUCGCCUACCAGUUCGACCACGGGCCACACCCAGCAGGCUGCUAAGAGCCGCAAGCGAAAGGACGCUCCCAAGGUCAUUCCGGCAGUCAGCCGCAAGAACAGCGCCAAGGCUAGUGUUGUGGCCGCCGCUGCCCAGGAACAGGAAGCUCCUAGGCCGCUCAUCGAGGAAUGGAUCGCCCAACAAAAGGCCCUUGAAAGCAUUGUUCAGGGGCUUGCCCAGCCAGACAACGCUGCCAUUGCGCACCUUAUCAAGGAUGCCCAGGGUCACCUGAACACCAUGGGAAAGCUGGCUUCUACCAUGAGCCAGGGACAGACUGUGCAAACUGUCCGCAGGACUUAUAACAACACGGGAUGA